AUGGAAGACGACCCUUUUCUCCGGCAGUUCCAUCCGUCGGAGCUCAAGAUCGCUUCGGAAUUUUUGACGAAUUGGCUUUCCUUCUUGUCCAGAGAUCUCUGCAAGGACUGCGUCCACGCUCUCUCCGAUCGAAUCCGCUCGCUUGACCCAGAACAUUGUAGUAACACAGACGAAGUUCAGGGAGAUGGUAAAGCUUGUUUGGAAUCAGAAGGAACUAGUAACAAUGUGGAUGAUGAUUAUGAUGGGAAGUCUCCUAGAGAUUUGGAAAAUGGCGGAGACUGUGAUAAGCCUUCAUUAGGUAGUUGGAAAGAGAGUGGGAUUUCAUUUGGAACCGUGUCUGAAGUUCUUGAUAGUGUUAGUGAACCGCCAUCGAAUGUUGGUGCUGCUGAAACGGCGAGCCCUCGAAUGUCUUGGGCGGAUAUGAGUCAGGAAGAAGAAGAUGAGUUCGAGGAGGAGGAGGAAGAAGAGGAGAGGGGAUCGAGUAGGAAAGCUUCUGAUGAGAGUCCGAUGAAGACUCCAGAGAAACCUAAGCUAUCAAGAGAGCAGAGAGAGAAUCUCAGGCUGAGGCAUGUGAAGAGAAAGAAAGACUUCAUCUGCUUGGAGAGAAUUAAGGGAAAGCUCGUUAACGUAGUUGAUGGUCUUGAGCUGCACACGGGUGUUUUUAGCGCGGUGGAGCAGAAAAGGAUCGUUGAUCAAGUGUAUCAGCUUCAAGAGAAGGGACGUAAAGGAGAACUUAGAGUGCGUACGUUCACUGCUCCACAGAAGUGGAUGAGAGGCAAGGGACGUGUGACUAUUCAGUUCGGCUGUUGUUACAACUACGCUACAGACAGAGCUGGAAACCCACCUGGUAUCCUUCAACGUGAAGAAGUGGAUCCAUUGCCUUCUCUUUUCAAAGUGAUCAUUAGAAGGUUGAUUAACUGGCAUGUUCUGCCUCCGACCUGUGUGCCCGAUAGCUGCAUCGUCAACAUCUAUGAUGAAGGUGACUGUAUACCUCCUCACAUCGACAACCACGACUUUCUCCGUCCCUUCUGCACCAUCUCUUUCCUAAGUGAGUGCAACAUCCUCUUUGGAUCAAACCUUAAAGUAGAAGGUCCUGGUGAAUUCUCGGGUUCGUACUCAAUUCCGCUUCCUGUUGGAUCGGUUCUGGUUUUAAAGGGAAAUGGAGCUGAUGUAGCUAAGCACUGUGUACCUGCAGUUCCAACAAAAAGGAUAUCAAUCACAUUUAGGAAAAUGGAUGAGUCAAAACGUCCGGUUUGGUUCACUCCAGAACCUGAUUUGCAAGGGAUCGAGCCACUGCCGUUGGAGCCGAACCUCUCUGGUUCUGCUGCAGGGUCCUCGGGAUCAAACAACCAUAGAGGACAUGGUCGUAGAGGACGAGGCAACAAUUACGACACGAGAGGUUACUAUAAUCCUGAGAGAAGCAGUGGAGGAGAUUAUGACUCUAGAGAAUGGUCUUCAAGCCAGAGACGAGGAAAGCAACGUCCUGCUGGUAGAAACUAA